AUGGUGGAACUGACGGUGUCCGUGCUCCUCCUGGUCGCCGGCGUCGUGGCGAUGCUGGUGCUCCACAUCCUCAUCGUCGGCUGGGCGCUCAGGCGGGGCGUCGUCCUCCGCGCCGCGGCGUCGCGGCGGCAGGACGAGGAGCGCGCGGCGGGGGGGCUGUCGGCCGAGGACCUUAACGAGCUGCCGUGCCACGACCACGAGUGCAGCAAGGCCGGCGCCGGCGCAGGCGCCGAGUGCGCGGUGUGCCUGGAGGCGUUCCAGGCCGGGGACCGCUGUCGGGUGCUGCCGCGGUGCGAGCACGGCUUCCACGCGCAGUGCGUCGACCAGUGGCUGCGCAAGAGCCGCGUGUGCCCCGUCUGCCGCGCCGAGGUCGGCCGCGGAAAGGCGGCCGGCGCGGUGGCUGGACCGUCCUCGGCAGUCGUGACUGAAAGACAGGGAGGUGCGGAUCGGUAG